GCAAGUGUGAGGAGAAUCAUGUUUGGCCCAAUGACACCUGCAGGGCCUAUCAGGUGUGUGAUGGCAUUGUGGGAGGCACUUGUGGAUGUAUUCAAGCUCUCCUUCAGAGGGUUCACUCUGCCAGAGAGACAUAAAUGAAUGUAAAGAUGCAGUGUCAGUGUGUGGUCAAUACUCAGAUUGUAUUAACAUCAUUGGGAGUCACAUGUGUUCGUGCUGGAGUGGGUUUAAUACCUCCAAUAAAGACAGUCCUGUGAGCCGCAACAACUCAUGUCAAGAUAUAAAUGAAUGUCUACUCAGUCCAUCUGUAUGUGGUCCAAAUUCCAUCUGCAUGAAUGAAAAGGGAAGUUACAAUUGCUCAUGUUUGAAGGGAUUCACUGGAACAAACUCAAGUCUCAUCAUCAGCAUCAGUAACACAUGUUCAGAUGUGGAUGAAUGUGUUGAGAUAUCAGACGCCUGUGGUCCAAACUCAAUCUGCAACAACACCUUUGGGAGUCACAAUUGCUCGUGCAUGAGUGGAUAUAAUGUAACAGACCCAAACCUCCCUAUUAACAGCAGUAACACAUGCAAAGAUAUAAAUGAAUGUCUGUUCAGUCCAUCUGUAUGUGGUCCAAAUACCAACUGCACAAAUGAAAAGGGAAGUUACAAUUGCUCAUGUCUGGAUGGAUUCACUACAUCAAACUCAAGUCUCCCCAUCAGCAUCAAAAACACAUGUAGAGAUGUGGAUGAAUGUGUUGAGAUAUCAGACGUCUGUGGUCCAAACUCAAUCUGCAACAACACCUUUGGGAGUCACAAUUGCUCGUGCAUGAGUGGAUAUAAUGUAACAGACUCAAACCUCCCUAUAAACAGAAGUAACCCCUGCAAAGAUAUUCAUGAAUGUCUUGACUCAGAAUCAGUGUGUGGGCCGAACUCUCACUGUUACAAUUACAACGGAAGCUUCUCAUGCGUUUGUUGGGAAGGAUAUAAUGUCACACAUUGGAAUCAAGCUAUCAGUAAAAACAACCCAUGCAAGGAUAUAGAUGAAUGUCUGUCCAGUCCAUCUGUAUGUGGUCCAAAUGCCAACUGCACAAAUGUAAUGGGAAGUUACAAUUGCUCAUGUCUGGAUGGAUUCACUGCAGCAAACUCAAGUCUCACCAUCAGUAUCAAUAACAUAUGUAGAGAUGUGGAUGAAUGUGUUGAGAUAUCAGACGUCUGUGGUCCAAACUCAAUCUGCAACAACACCUUUGGGAGUCACAAUUGCUCGUGCAUGAGUGGAUAUAAUGUAACAGACUCAAACCUCCCUAUAAACAGAAGUAACCCCUGCAAAGAUAUUCAUGAAUGUCUUGACUCAGAAUCAGCGUGUGGGCCGAACUCUCACUGUUACAAUUACAACGGAAGCUUCUCAUGCGUUUGUUGGGAAGGAUAUAAUGUCACACAUUGGAAUCAAGCUGUCAAUAAAAACAACCCAUGCAAGG